CCCACUGAACAGGGCCCUGUAGGUGUCUCAGUGUCUCCCACGAUGUCACCUGUGUCACCCACGAUGUCACCUGUGUGUGUGUUUAUUCAGCCUGGCCCACUGAAUCCUGUAAGGGCCCUGUAGGUGUCUCAGUGUCACCCACGAUGUCACCUGUGUGUGUGUUUAUUCAGCCUGGCCCACUGAACAGGGCCCUGUAGGUGUCUCAGUGUCACCCACGAUGUCACCUGUGUGUGUGUUUAUUCAGCCUGGCCCACUGAACAGGGCCCUGUAGGUGUCUCAGUGUCACCCACGAUGUCACCUGUGUGUUUAUUCAGCCUGGCCCACUGAACAGGGCCCUGUAGGUGUCUCAGUGUCUCCCACGAUGUCACCUGUGUCACCCACGAUGUCACCUGUGUGUGUGUUUAUUCAGCCUGGCCCACUGAAUCCUGUAAGGGCCCUGUAGGUGUCUCAGUGUCACCCACGAUGUCACCUGUGUGUGUGUUUAUUCAGCCUGGCCCACUGAACAGGGCCCUGUAGGUGUCUCAGUGUCACCCACGAUGUCACCUGUGUGUGUGUUUAUUCAGCCUGGCCCACUGAACAGGGCCCUGUAGGUGUCUCAGUGUCACCCACGAUGUCACCUGUGUGUGUGUGUUUAUUCAGCCUGGCCCACUGAACAGGGCCCUGUAGGUGUCUCAGUGUCACCCGUGACGUGGCGGGGUCACGCCUCCCCCACCCCUUCGUGUUUGCCGAUGAGUUUUUUUUACGAGCGUACGAACAGCCGCAACAUCAACAACAGCAACAACAGCUGAUAGAGAACAAAGAGCAGCAGCAGCAGGUACCACGUGUCUGGCGAUAACAAACACUCGCCACAUACACGCGGGGUCGUAAGUUCGUCAGUGCCGCAGCUCAACAAACACGUGCUCGUGUGCGUACUGUAUGUUGAACAUCUUUCGCACCGUAAGUUAGCCAAACCGUGCUAAUCGGAGGUGUGUUUGUGUGUGUGGGCACGUGGCCUCGACUGUGCACCUAGCCUGGCACGGGCGCUAUGAUAACGCUACCAACAGUAGUGGUGGACGAUUACCGUUGCCGCUUAUGAUAUCGUUGCUGUUGGGACACGCGUUAAUUGGUUCCUCAAUUGGUGUAAUUAAUCGGUUGCUCGCGAGCGGCGCUUGUGUAAGGCUGGUCUCGCGUGUGCACCUAGCCUGGCACUGGCGCGAUGUUCGCCACUUUUCGAUGUUCCCCCCCCCUUUGCCCCCUUUGUUGAACGCACAACGUGAGUGCGCUGGCCCUCGUCGAUCCGCUGCCGGACGAAGGCCUCUCUCCGGCCCCCCCACACACACCCCGCGACGCCCGCCCGCGUGCCAGCACCGCGCUGGCGGGGCGCCUCUGCCGCGAAUGGCGGGCGGCGUGCCGUGGCGCCGGCUGUGCCACUGGGGGCCGUGGCUGGUGCUGUCGGGCCUGGUGCUGUGCGGCCUCGUGACGCUGUUCGCCACGCUGCUCUGGGCCUGGCCCGUGCAUCGGAGCGGCGGCGACGGCGGUGGCGCCAUCGUCCACCUGGCGUUCCUGCUGCUGUGGGUGCCCACGCUGCUCACGCCGUACCUGCAUGCGGUGUUCGCCGGCGCUGGGUUCGUGUCCGUCGGAUGGCGCCCCGAGCGAUCCGAGGAGGCUCGCCUUCUGCCGUACUGUGAGAAAUGCCAAUCCUUCAAGCCACUCCGGUCGCACCACUGCCGACAAUGCCAGAGGUGCGUGCUAAAGAUGGACCACCACUGCCCGUGGAUCAACGCGUGCGUCGGGCUGCGUAACCGCGCCUCCUUCGUGGCCUUCCUGCUGCUCACGCCGACCGCCGGCCUCCACUCUCUGUGCCUUCUCGGCAGCACGCUCUACCAGGAGUUCCUGGCACCGGUUUUCUUGGUGCCUGCGGCGGGUGGCUCAAAUUCGACGUUAGUCGUUGAGGCCGCGGCGCGGUACCCCUUCGGCGUGCCGGCCUUCCUCGCCACACUCAUCUCCUUCGUGGUGACGCUCACCGCCAUCCCCUUCAUGGUCCUCUUGGGGGUCAAUCAGCUCAAUGGACUUUUGAGAAACCGCACGUUUAUCGAGGCCAAGAUUGAAGCGAAGGCGGCCGAGCGGUUUCGCGAGCGGCCGCCGCGACCGACCUCUCCGCUUCCCCUUUGACCUCGGCUCCGCCUGGAGGAAUCUACGGCAGGAGCUGCCGCCCACGAGGAUGCGCGUUGACGGGCUGCGCUGGCCCACGGCAGCGGGCGCCGACCCCUACUGCGUCAACGAGGAGCACGCGGCUCAAAAGGAGGAGAGGACGUUGAGCUAC